AUGAAACCUAGUACUAUCGCAAUGAAAGAUGAACAGCUGAAGGAAUCCAAAAUGAUUAAAGCCCAAGCUGCUGAGGUCACGCUUAUGCGAGCUCAAGCUUUUCAUACUGCUACUCGUCAGAGUUACAAGAGGAAGCUCGAUCAAAUUGAGUCUGACGACAACUCUGACAAGGAGAACAUAGUACUAUCUCCGACUCGUUCUGCUCCAGCAGUGAAGCGCAUUCGCAGGGAGAAGACUGGUACUGAGUGGCAGACAGUUCUUGAUGUGGUUAAGUUUGGCGAGGAGCAGCGACGCAAGCAGAAGGAAAUAAAGGCCUGUGCGGCCGUUUUUGAGACGUGUUCUGAAUGCUACCUGCAGGUCACUCACAUAUCGAAACAGUAG